AUGACUGGACAUAUUAUCGUGUGCUUGGUGCUGGCUCUCGUCGGAGUACGGGCCGGUCAUGCGCAUGCGCGUUCAGACCCGUGCAAAGUUCGAAUGUGCACCACAACAGGACCUGUGUGUGGACUUCUGAGACAAGCUGAAGAUGACGUCGCGUAUGCAAGUUUCAGAGGAGUACCUUAUGCAAAAGCUCCAACAAAAGAAGGCAGGUUUAAGGAACUAGAGCCUUUGGAUACCUGGGAUACUGUCUUUGCGACAACCGAGGGCCCAAUAUGCUACCAAACCGAUGUAUUAUACGGAAGGAUGAUGCAACCCCAUGGAAUGAGCGAGAACUGUCUUUACGCCAAUAUUCACGUCCCUAUUAAUGCUUUACCAAAGACUGACCGUUGUGCGCCACCAGCAAUAGAACUGGAGCCACCACGUGAGGCAGCUGAUGAAAGUGUAGAAGAGUCACGGUCAAGAGGUUUGCCUAUUUUGGUAUUCAUUCACGGAGGAGGAUUUGCGUUUGGAUCUGGUGAUUCUGAUAUGCAUGGUCCCGAAUACCUCGUUAGCAAGAAUGUUAUUGUCAUCACCUUCAAUUACAGGCUGAACGUAUUUGGUUUCCUGUCUCUCAACUCAACCCAAGUUCCUGGCAAUACCGGUCUUCGUGAUAUGAUAACACUUCUGCAAUGGGUGCAGAGAAAUGCGCGAAGCUUUGGUGGAGACCCUGACAAUGUAACUCUUGGUGGACAAAGCGUAGGUGCUAUUUCUGCACACUUGUUGACUUUAUCGAAGGCUGCCGAAGGCUUAUUUAAAAGAGCGAUCCUGAUGAGUGGAACAGCUAUAAGUUCUUUGUACAGUCCGUCACCAUUGUUCGCGAAGUUCAUCAAAAAUCUGCUCUUAGCAGUCUUGGAUAUCAAAGCUACGGACCCUGAUGAAAUCUACCAACAGCUUAUAGACCUGCCUGCCGAAAAACUAGUAGACGCCAACAAAAAACUCCUAGAUCAAUUCGGCUUAACAACAUUCGUCCCUACUGUUGAAACUUCCUUUCCCGGGGUGACACCAAUACUGGAUGAUUACCCAGAAAAUUUAUUAGCCAGAGGUCGUGGCAAAGAUAUUCCACUUUUAAUUGGCUACACAGAUGCUGAAUGCGAAACUUUCCGUAAGCGCCUUGAAGAGUUCGAUAUCGUUAAAAAAAGUAUAACAAACAAACCAAUCAUAAUUCCGCCUAAAUAUUUAUUUACCGUGCCUCCCAAUGCGAUACCUGACGUCGCCAUGAAGAUAAACAAGAGGUAUUAUAAUGGAAAAGUUACUUUAGAUGGCUUCGUGCAAUCUUGUACUGAAAGUUUCUUCGAAUACCCAUUUCUGAAGGUUGUAGAAGAAUACGAAAAGAUCAAUGGUCCUGCCGUUUAUGCUUACAAGUUUUCGUAUAGAAACGAUUCGAGUGUCUUAAAAACAGAAGGGCUGAAGUAUGAUGGAGCUGCACAUAUUGAAGAUAUGACGUAUGUGUUUAAAACAAACUCUAUGGUAGACAUCCGCAAGCCGGACCGAAAUGAUAGUGACAGCAUGAAAAACUUCAUGACAGAGUUCAUUGUUAACUUCAUGAGUUGCAGUAAACCUAUCUGCGAUGAGAAUGACCAGCUCUGGUCAGCUGCCAAUGACAAGCAGUUCGUGUACGAGGACAUCCAUGAACCUUACAAGUACCAAAUGAUGGGACUCUCCGCAAGGCAACAACAGCUGGCUAAGUUCUUUGACAAUUUGGCUGUUGUAGAAUGA